GACAAAAAUCAAUAGAAAAAAAAUCAAACUCUACAAGAAUUUGUAAUCUGACUGAGGAGGAAUCUUCAAAGAGUUGUGAUCCUUUUAGUUUAUGGAGUACAGAUGAGAAGGAAAAACUCUUACUAUGUGUGGCAAAUUUUUCAAAUUCAGUUUCCUCUAUAUACUGCUUACAAGCAUAAUACUCAUCCUACUAUAGAGGAUAUAUCAACCCAAGAAAGCAACAUAUUAGGGGCAUUCUGUGAUAUGAAUGAUGUAGAGGUACCAUUGCAUUUGCUUCGUUACGUGUGUUUGUUUUGUGGGAAAAAUGGCCUUUCUCUCAUGAAGGAUUGCUUUGAAUAUGGAACUCCUGAAACUUUGCCAUUUCUUAUAGCACAUGCAUUUAUUACGGUUGUAUCGAAUAUUAGAAUAUGGCUACAUAUCCCUGCUGUCAUGCAGCAUAUUAUCCCUUUUAGGACCUAUGUUAUUAGGUAUUUAUGCAAGCUCUCUGAUCAGGAGUUAAGACAGAGUGCGGCUCGCAACAUGGCUGACUUAAUGUGGAGCACAGUGAAAGAACCAUUGGAUACAACAUUAUGCUUUGAUAAAGAAAGCUUAGAUCUUGCAUUUAAGUACUUUAUGUCACCAACUUUGACUAUGAGGUUGGCUGGACUAAGUCAGAUAACGAAUCAACUUCACACCUUCAAUGAUGUAUGCAAUAAUGAAUCCUUGGUAUCAGACACAGAAACGUCCAUUGCAAAAGAACUUGCAGACUGGCUUAUAAGCAACAAUGUGGUAGAGCAUAUAUUUGGACCAAAUUUACAUAUUGAGAUUAUCAAACAGUGCCAAGUGAUUUUGAACUUUUUGGCAGCGGAAGGGAGACUGAGUACUCAGCAUAUUGAUUGCAUUUGGGCUGCAGCACAGUUGAAACAUUGUAGUCGGUAUAUACAUGAUUUAUUUCCAUCACUCAUCAAGAAUUUGGAUCCAGUACCACUUAGACAUCUCCUUAAUCUGGUCUCUGCCCUUGAGCCAAGUGUUCAUACUGAACAGACAUUGUACUUGGCAUCGAUGUUAAUUAAAGCAUUAUGGAACAAUGCACUAGCAGCUAAGGCUCAGCUGUCCAAACAGAGUUCUUUUGCAUCAUUAUUAAAUACUAAUCUUCCCAUUGGAAAUAAGAAAGAGGAAGAAGAGCUCAGAAGAGCAGCCCCAUCACCUUGGUCACCUGCAGCUAGUCCUCAAAGCAGUGAUAACAGUGAUACUCAUCAAAGUGGAGGCAGUGACAUUGAAAUGGAUGAGCAGCUUAUUAAUAGAACAAAACAUGUGCAACAACGACUUUCAGACACAGAGGAAUCCAUGCAGGGAAGUUCUGAUGAAACUGCCAACAGUGGUGAAGAUGGAAGCAGUGGUCCUGGUAGCAGUAGUGGGCAUAGUGAUGGUUCUAGCAACGAGGUGAAUUCUAGCCAUGCCAGCCAGUCAGCUGGGAGCCCUGGCAGUGAGGUACAGUCAGAAGACAUUGCAGAUAUUGAAGCCCUUAAAGAAGAAGAUGAAGAUGACGAUCAUGGUCAUAAUCCUUCUAAAAGUUGUGGUACAGAUCUUCGGAACAGAAAGUUAGAAAGCCAAGCAGGCAUUUGCUUAGGGGAUUCCCAAGGCCCAUCAGAAAGAAGUGGUACAAGCAAUGGAACAGGAAAGGACCUGGUUUUUAACACUGAGUCAAUGCCUUCAGUGGAUAAUCGGAUACGAAUGCUAGAUGCCUGUUCACACUCUGAAGAUCCAGAACAUGAUAUUUCAGGGGAAAUGAAUGCUGCUCAUAUAGCACAAGCAUCUCAGGAAUCUUGUAUUACACGCACUGGGGACUUUCUUGGGGAGACUAUUGGGAAUGAAUUAUUUAAUUGUCGUCAGUUUAUUGGUCCACAGCAUCACCACCACCACCACCACCACCACCACCACCACCAUGAUGGGCAUAUGGUAGAUGAUAUGCUAAGUGCAGAUGACGUCAGUUGCAGUAGCUCCCAGGUCAGUGCAAAAUCAGAAAAAAACAUGGCUGAUUUUGAUGGUGAAGAAUCUGGGUGUGAAGAGGAACUAGUUCAGAUUAAUUCACAUGCAGAGCUAACAUCUCAUCUUCAACAACAUCUUCCCAAUUUAGCGUCUAUUUACCAUGAACAUCUUAGUCAAGGGCCUGCAGUUCAUAAACAUCAAUUCAACAGUAGUGCUGUGACAGACAUUAAUUUGGAUAACGUUUGCAAGAAAGGAAAUACUUUGUUGUGGGAUAUAGUCCAAGACGAUGAUGCAGUUAAUCUUUCUGAAGGAUUAAUAAAUGAAGCAGAGAAGCUUCUCUGUUCCUUAGUAUGUUGGUUUACGGAUAGACAGAUUCGAAUGAGAUUCAUUGAAGGUUGCCUUGAAAAUUUAGGAAACAACAGAUCAGUAGUAAUUUCACUUCGCCUUCUUCCAAAAUUGUUUGGUACUUUUCAGCAGUUUGGAAGCAGUUAUGAUACACAUUGGAUUACAAUGUGGGCAGAAAAAGAACUGAACAUGAUGAAGCUUUUCUUUGAUAAUUUGGUAUACUAUAUUCAAGCUGUAAGAGAAGGAAGACAAAAACAUGCACUGUACAGCCAUAGUGCCGAAGUUCAAGUUCGACUUCAGUUCUUGACUUGUGUGUUUUCAACUCUGGGAUCACCUGAUCAUUUCAGGUUAAGUUUAGAGCAAGUCGACAUUUUAUGGCAUUGUUUAGUAGAAGAUUCUGAGUGUUAUGAUGAUGCCCUUCAUUGGUUUUUAAAUCAAGUUCGAAGUAAAGAUCAACAUGCUAUGGGGAUGGAAACCUACAAACAUCUUUUCCUGGAGAAGAUGCCCCAGCUAAAACCUGAAACAAUUAGCAUGACUGGGUUAAACCUGUUUCAGCAUCUCUGUAACUUGGCUCGACUGGCAACCAGUGCCUAUGAUGGUGGUUCAAACUCUGAGCUUUGUGGUAUGGACCAAUUUUGGGGCAUUGCUCUACGAGCACAGUCUGGUGAUGUCAGUAGAGCAGCUAUCCAGUAUAUUAACUCCUAUUAUAUUAAUGGUAAAACGGGUUUGGAGAAGGAGCAAGAAUUUAUUAGUAAGUGUAUGGAGAGUCUUAUGAUAGCUUCUAGCAGUCUUGAACAGGAAUCACAGUCAAGUCUCACUGUUAUAGAAAGAGGACUCCUUAUGCUGAAGACACAUCUGGAAGCAUUUAGGAGAAGGUUUGCCUAUCAUCUCAGACAGUGGCAAAUUGAAGGCACUGGUAUAAGUAGUCAUUUGAAAGCACUGAGUGACAAACAGUCCCUGCCGCUCAGGGUCGUAUGCCAGCCAGCUGGACUUCCUGACAAGAUGACUAUUGAAAUGUAUCCUAGUGACCAGGUAGCAGAUCUUAGGGCUGAAGUAACUCAUUGGUAUGAAAAUUUACAGAAAGAACAAAUAAAUCAACAAGCUCAGCUUCAGGAGUUUGGUCAAAGCAGCCGAAAGGGAGAGUUUCCUGGAGGCCUUAUGGGACCUGUCAGGAUGAUUUCAUCUGGACAUGAGUUAACAACAGAUUAUGAUGAAAAAGCACUUCAUGAGCUUGGUUUUAAGGAUAUGCAGAUGGUAUUUGUAUCUUUGGGUGCACCACGGAGAGAACGGAAGGGGGAAGGUGUUCAGCUGCCAGCAUCUUGCCUACCACCCCCUCAGAAGGACAACAUUCCUAUGCUUUUGCUUUUACAAGAACCUCAUUUAACUACUCUUUUUGAUUUAUUAGAAAUGCUUGCGUCAUUUAAACCACCCUCAGGAAAAGUGGCAGUGGAAGAUAGUGAGAGCUUAAGAUGUGAAGAACUUCAUCUUCAUGCAGAGAAUCUCUCUAGGCGUGUGUGGGAGCUACUGAUGCUUCUUCCUACAUGUCCUAACAUGUUGAUGGCAUUCCAGAAUAUCUCAGAUGAACAGAGUACUGAUGGACUUAAUUGGAAAGAACUUCUUAAAAUUAAAAGUGCCCACAAGCUAUUAUAUGCCCUGGAAAUUAUUGAAGCACUGGGAAAACCUAACAGGAGGAUAAGGAGAGAGUCAACGGGAAGUUACAGUGAUCUUUAUCCAGAUUCAGAUGAUUCAAGUGAGGAUCAAGUGGAAAAUAGUAAAAAUUCCUGGAGUUGCAAGUUUGUUGCUGCUGGAGGGCUUCAACAGUUAUUAGAAAUUUUUAAUUCUGGAAUUCUGGAGCCUAAAGAGCAGGAAUCCUGGACUGUGUGGCAGCUAGACUGUCUUGCUUGCUUGCUGAAGUUAAUAUGCCAGUUUGCAGUAGAUCCGUCCGAUUUGGAUUUAGCUUAUCAUGAUGUCUUUGCCUGGUCUGGUAUAGCAGAAAGCCAUAGGAAAAGAACUUGGCCUGGUAAAUCAAGAAAGUCUGCUGGUGAUCAUGCCAAGGGUCUUCAUAUACCAAGAUUAACAGAGGUAUUUCUUGUUCUUGUCCAAGGAACCAGUUUGAUUCAGCGACUUAUGUCUGUUACUUAUACAUAUGAUAAUCUGGCUCCUAGAGUUUUGAAAGCUCAGUCCGAUCACAGGUCUAGGCAUGAAGUUUCACAUUAUUCAAUGUGGCUCUUGGUGAGCUGGGCGCAUUGCUGUUCGUUAGUGAAAUCUAGCCUUGCUGAUAGUGACCAUUUACAAGAUUGGUUAAAGAAAUUGACUCUCCUUAUUCCUGAGACUGCAGUCCGUCAUGAGUCUUGCAAUGGUCUUUAUAAGUUAUCUCUGUCAGGGCUGGAUGGAGGAGAUUCAAUUAAUCGCUCCUUUCUGCUAUUGGCUGCUUCAACAUUGUUGAAAUUUCUUCCUGAUGCUCAAGCACUCAAACCUAUCAGGAUAGAUGAUUAUGAAGAAGAACCAAUGUUAAAACCUGGAUGUAAAGAGUAUUUUUGGUUGUUGUGCAAAUUAGUUGACAAUAUACAUAUAAAGGAUGCUAGCCAGACCACACUCCUCGACUUAGAUGCUUUGGCACGGCAUUUGGCUGACUGUAUCCGAAGCAGGGAAAUCCUUGAUCAUCAAGAUGGUAAUAUAGAAGAUGAUGGGCUUACAGGACUCUUAAGGCUUGCAACGAGUGUUAUUAAACACAAACCACCCUUUAAAUUUUCAAGAGAAGGACAGGAAUUUUUAAGAGAUAUCUUCAAUCUCCUAUUUUUGUUGCCUAGUCUAAAAGACAGACAACAGCCAAAGUGCAAAUCCCAUUCUUCAAGAGCUGCUGCUUAUGAUUUGCUAGUAGAGAUGGUGAAGGGAUCUGUUGAAAAUUACAGGCUAAUACACAACUGGGUUAUGGCACAACACAUGCAGUCCCAUGCCCCUUAUAAAUGGGACUAUUGGCCUCAUGAAGAUGUUCGUGCUGAGUGUAGAUUUGUUGGCCUGACUAACCUUGGAGCUACUUGUUACUUGGCUUCUACUAUUCAGCAACUUUAUAUGAUACCGGAGGCCAGACAGGCUGUCUUCACUGCAAAGUAUUCAGAAGAUAUGAAGCAUAAGACCACUCUUCUGGAACUUCAAAAAAUGUUUACAUAUUUAAUGGAGAGUGAAUGCAAAGCAUAUAACCCUAGACCCUUUUGUAAAACAUAUACCAUGGAUAAGCAGCCUCUGAAUACUGGGGAGCAGAAAGAUAUGACAGAAUUUUUUACUGAUCUAAUUACUAAAAUUGAAGAAAUGUCUCCAGAACUGAAAAAUACCGUCAAAAGUUUAUUUGGAGGUGUAAUUACAAACAAUGUUGUGUCCUUGGAUUGUGAACAUGUUAGUCAGACUGCUGAAGAAUUUUAUACUGUGAGGUGCCAAGUAGCUGAUAUGAAGAACAUUUAUGAAUCUCUUGAUGAAGUUACUAUUAAAGACACUUUAGAAGGUGACAACAUGUAUACUUGUUCUCAUUGUGGGAAGAAAGUACGAGCUGAAAAAAGGGCAUGUUUUAAGAAAUUGCCUCGCAUUCUGAGUUUUAAUACUAUGAGGUAUACCUUUAAUAUGGUAACCAUGAUGAAAGAGAAAGUAAACACACACUUUUCCUUCCCAUUACGUUUGGAUAUGACACCCUAUACGGAAGAUUUUCUAAUGGGAAAGAGUGAUAGGAAAGAAGGUUUUAAGGAAGUCAGUGAUCAUUCAAAAGAUACAGAGAGCUAUGAGUAUGACUUAAUAGGAGUAACUGUUCACACAGGAACAGCAGAUGGUGGGCACUAUUAUAGCUUCAUCAGAGAUAUAGUCAAUCCUCAUGCCUAUAAAAAUAAUAAAUGGUAUCUUUUUAAUGAUGCUGAGGUAAAACCUUUUGAUUCUGCUCAACUGGCCUCUGAAUGUUUUGGUGGAGAGAUGACGACAAAGACCUAUGAUUCUGUUACAGAUAAAUUUAUGGAUUUCUCCUUUGAAAAGACACACAGUGCUUAUAUGCUGUUUUACAAACGCAUGGAACCAGAGGAAGAAAAUGGCAAAGAAUUCAAAUUUGAUGUUUCUUCAGAGUUACUAGAGUGGAUUUGGCAUGAUAACAUGCAGUUUCUUCAAGACAAAAACAUUUUUGAACAUACAUAUUUUGGGUUUAUGUGGCAGUUAUGUAGUUGUAUUCCCAGUACAUUACCAGAUCCUAAAGCUGUUUCCCUAAUGACAGCAAAGUUAAGCACUUCCUUUGUCCUAGAGACAUUUAUACAUUCAAAAGAAAAGCCCACAAUGCUCCAGUGGAUUGAACUCUUGACCAAACAGUUUAAUAAUAGUCAAGCAGCUUGUGAGUGGUUUUUGGACCGUAUGGCUGAUGAUGACUGGUGGCCAAUGCAGAUACUAAUUAAGUGCCCUAAUCAAAUUGUGAGACAGAUGUUUCAGCGUUUGUGUAUCCAUGUGAUUCAGAGACUUAGGCCUGUGCACGCUCAUCUUUAUCUACAACCAGGAAUGGAAGAUGGGUCAGAUGAUAUGGAUGCCUCAGUGGAAGAUAUUGGUGGUCGUUCAUGUGUCACUAGAUUUGUGAGAACUCUGUUAUUAAUUAUGGAACAUGGUGUAAAACCUCACAGUAAACAUCUUACAGAAUAUUUUGCCUUCCUUUAUGAAUUUGCCAAAAUGGGUGAAGAAGAGAGCCAGUUUUUGCUUUCAUUGCAAGCCAUAUCUACAAUGGUACAUUUUUACAUGGGAACAAAAGGGCCUGAAAAUCCUCAAGUUGAAGUAUUAUCAGAGGAAGAAGGGGAAGAAGAGGAGGAGGAAGAAGAUAUUCUUUCUCUGGCAGAAGAAAAAUACAGGCCGGCUGCCCUGGAAAAAAUGAUAGCUUUAGUUGCUCUGUUGGUUGAACAAUCUCGCUCAGAAAGGCAUUUGACAUUAUCACAGACUGACAUGGCAGCAUUAACAGGAGGAAAGGGAUUCCCCUUCUUGUUUCAACAUAUUCGCGAUGGCAUCAAUAUAAGACAAACUUGUAAUCUGAUUUUCAGCCUCUGUCGAUACAAUAAUCGACUUGCAGAACAUAUUGUGUCUAUGCUUUUCACGUCAAUAGCAAAGCUGACUCCUGAGGCAGCCAAUCCUUUCUUUAAAUUGUUGACUAUGCUAAUGGAGUUUGCUGGUGGACCUCCAGGAAUGCCUCCCUUUGCAUCAUAUAUUCUACAGAGAAUAUGGGAGGUAAUUGAAUACAAUCCUUCUCAGUGUCUGGAUUGGUUGGCAGUACAGACACCCCGAAAUAAACUGGCACACAGCUGGGUCCUGCAGAAUAUGGAAAACUGGGUUGAGCGGUUCCUUUUGGCUCACAAUUAUCCUAGAGUCAGGACUUCUGCAGCUUACCUUCUGGUGUCCCUUAUACCAAGCAAUUCAUUCCGCCAGAUGUUCCGGUCAACAAGGUCUUUGCACAUCCCAACCCGUGACCUUCCACUCAGUCCAGACACAACAGUAGUCCUACAUCAGGUCUACAACGUGCUCCUUGGUUUGCUCUCAAGAGCCAAACUUUAUGUUGAUGCUGCUGUUCAUGGCACUACAAAGCUAGUGCCCUAUUUUAGCUUUAUGACUUACUGUUUAAUUUCCAAAACUGAGAAGCUGAUGUUUUCCACAUACUUCAUGGAUUUGUGGAACCUUUUCCAGCCUAAACUUUCUGAGCCAGCAAUAGCUACAAAUCACAAUAAACAGGCUUUGCUUUCGUUUUGGUACAAUGUGUGUGCUGACUGUCCAGAGAAUAUCCGCCUUAUUGUUCAGAACCCAGUGGUAACCAAGAACAUUGCCUUCAAUUACAUCCUUGCUGACCAUGAUGAUCAGGAUGUGGUGCUUUUUAACCGUGGGAUGCUGCCAGCCUACUACGGCAUUCUGAGGCUCUGCUGUGAACAGUCUCCUGCAUUCACACGACAGCUGGCUUCUCACCAGAACAUCCAAUGGGCCUUUAAGAAUCUUACACCACAUGCCAGCCAAUACCCUGGAGCAGUAGAAGAACUAUUUAACCUGAUGCAGCUGUUUAUAGCUCAGAGGCCAGAUAUGAGAGAAGAAGAAUUAGAAGAUAUUAAACAGUUUAAGAAAACAACUAUCAGUUGUUACUUACGUUGUUUAGAUGGACGCUCCUGCUGGACUACUUUAAUAAGUGCCUUCAGAAUACUAUUAGAAUCUGAUGAAGAUAGACUACUUGUUGUAUUUAAUCGAGGGUUGAUCCUGAUGACCGAGUCAUUCAACACUCUGCACAUGAUGUAUCAUGAAGCCACAGCUUGCCAUGUGACUGGAGAUUUAGUAGAACUUCUGUCAAUAUUCCUUUCAGUUUUGAAGUCUACACGCCCGUAUCUUCAGAGAAAAGAUGUGAAACAAGCAUUAAUUCAGUGGCAGGAGCGAAUUGAAUUUGCCCAUAAACUGUUAACUCUUCUUAAUUCCUAUAGUCCUCCAGAACUUAGAAAUGCCUGUAUAGAUGUCCUUAAGGAACUUGUGCUUUUGAGUCCCCAUGACUUUCUUCAUACUCUGGUUCCAUUUCUACAACACAACCAUUGUACUUAUCAUCAUAGUAAUAUACCAAUGUCUCUUGGACCUUAUUUCCCUUGUCGAGAAAAUAUCAAGCUAAUAGGAGGGAAAAGCAAUAUUCGGCCUCCGCGCCCUGAACUCAAUAUGUGCCUCUUGCCCACAAUGGUGGAAACCAGUAAGGGCAAAGAUGACGUUUAUGAUCGUAUGCUGCUAGACUACUUCUUUUCUUAUCAUCAAUUCAUCCAUCUAUUAUGCCGAGUUGCAAUCAACUGUGAAAAAUUUACUGAAACAUUAGUUAAGCUGAGUGUCCUAGUUGCCUAUGAAGGUUUGCCACUUCAUCUUGCACUGUUCCCCAAACUAUGGACUGAGCUAUGCCAGACUCAGUCUGCUAUGUCAAAAAACUGCAUCAAGCUUUUGUGUGAAGAUCCCGUUUUUGCAGAAUAUAUAAAGUGUAUCCUGAUGGAUGAAAGAACUUUUCUAAACAACAACAUAGUCUACACAUUCAUGACACAUUUCCUUCUAAAGGUUCAAGGUCAAGUGUUUUCUGAAGCAAACUGUGCCAAUCUGAUCAGCACCCUAAUUACAAACUUGAUAAAUCAGUAUCAAAAUAUGCAAUCUGAUUUCACCAACCGAGUUGAAAUUUCCAAAGCAAGUGCUUCUUUAAAUGGGGAUCUGCGUGCACUUGCUUUGCUCCUGUCAGUACACACUCCCAAGCAAUUAAACCCAGCUCUAAUUCCAACUCUGCAAGAGCUUUUAAGCAAAUGCAGGACUUGUCUGCAGCAGAGAAACUCACUCCAAGAGCAAGAAGCCAAAGAAAGAAAAACUAAAGAUGAUGAAGGGGCAACUCCUGUUAAAAGAAGGCGUGUUAGCAGUGAUGAGGAGCACACUGUAGACAGCUGUAUCAGCGACAUGAAAACAGAAACCAGGGAGGUCCUAACCCCAACUAGCACUUCAGACAAUGAGACAAGAGACUCUUCAAUUAUUGAUCCCGGAACCGAGCAAGAUCUUCCUUCCCCUGAAAAUAGUUCUGUUAAAGAAUAUCGUAUGGAAGUUCCAUCUUCGUUUUCAGAAGACAUGUCAAGUAUCAGGUCACAGCAUGCAGAAGAACAGUCCAAUGAAGGUAGAUUUGAAGACUGUAAAGAAUUUAAGGACCUCCAGUGUUCCAAGGAUUCUAACCUAGCUGAGGAAGAGUCUGAGUUCCCUUCUACUUCUAUCUCUGCAGUUCUCUCUGACUUAGCUGAUUUGAGAAGCUGUGAUGGUCAAGCUUUGCCCUCCCAGGACCCUGAGGCUGCUUUAUCACUCAGUUGUGGCCAUUCCAGAGGACUCUUUAGUCACAUGCAGCAACACGACAUUUUAGAUACUCUGUGUAGGACCAUUGAAUCUACGAUCCAUGUGGUCACGAGGAUAUCUGGCAAAGGAAACCAAGCUGCUUCUUGACAUUAGAUGUAGCAUGUCUACUUUUAAGGUUCCUUCUCCCCCUCCCUACCCCAAAGCUGUUUGUAUAAGUUUUGCUUAUUUCUGUUUUUGUGCUUCAGUUUGUCCAGUGCUCUCUGCUUGAAUGGCAAGAUAGAUUUAUAGGCUUAAUUCUUGGUCAGGCAGAACUCCAGAUGAAAAAAUUUGCAUCUUCAGUAUACUUUCUAAAGGGCAAUCAGAUAACGGAUAUGUUUUAUGUAAUUAAGAGUUCACUGUAGUGGCUUUCAUUUAAUAUGGCUGUCUGGGAGGAACAGGGUUCCCUGGCCCUGUACAAUGUAAUUUAAACUUAACAGCAUUUUUACUGUGUAUAAUAUGGUGUCCUCUGUGCCAGUUUUGUACCUUAUAAUAGAGGCAGGUCGCCUCCGAUCGCUGUGGUUCUUAUUAUCAAAAUUAAGUUUACUUGUAUACGGAACAACCACAAGAAAUUUGAUUCUGUAAAGAAUCCUCUUUAGCUGUGGCCUGGCAGUAUAUAAAUGGUGCUUUAUUUAACAGAAUACCUGUGGAGGAAAUAAAGCACACUUGAUGUAAAAAUAAUUGUUUUAUUUUUAUUGACAUGACUGACUGCUAUUCUGUGCACUUAAUUAAACUGAUUGUGAUGACUUUUCAUUUGUUUACAUUUAACAUUGCUUUAGUCUUCUCAGAUGAAAGUAAUGACACUGUGAGCAGGAAGGAAGCACUCCUCCGUUAUAUUCUAUUUCCUUAGUGGUGGCGGCGGUCCAGAACGGAAGCUGCCCAGCGGCCUGUUGGUCCUCUGCCUGGAGUGUGUAACCGCCGCAGGGAGCAGCCUGCUGACAAGGCCUGAGGCAUCUCACUCCAACAUGCUUCUGAACACAACAUGGCUGCUAAGAGCUACAGACCUUAAAAACGCUGAAGUAAAAUAAAGGAACGGUAUUGACAUGCCAUUUAUUUUUGGCCUUCUUGAACUAAAACUACAGCUGCAAGUGGCUUGCCAGGACAAGCUUUGGUGGGCAACUUCAAGUUUUUGUACUCAGAGGCUCAAUCUGUUCCCCGAGGAGCAUCUAUGGGAGGUCUCUUCAAUCAUAAAAACAUGGCUAUAAAAACGAGCUCCAGUUCUUAGUGGCACAUUUUCUCCCAGUGUCCGCACGGGGGCCCUAGCCUGGGAAGUUACUUACAUCCUUCACAGUGAAGAUGCAGUACAGCUGCUCGGCAGUUGUGUCAAACAGUUCUGUUCUGUGCAGUGCCACCGUGGGGAUCCUUACACCCAACCCCGCUGGAGAGGAAGCCUGAAUCUCAAGACCUGAAUCUCAAGAAGAGAAGAUGUUCCGAAGGAUAACUAAAUAGCAUGCCAUGAGAUAAAGCUACUUAGAUUUAAAAUUCAGUCUUUCAGUCUUAAUAAAACACCAGAAUGUCCCCCAAAUUCCACACUAUACCUUCCAGACACAUGGAAAAAGCAACAAAACCCUUUUUAGCAGCACCAAUCCCAGUUACAGUGAAACAGCUCAUCAGCUGCUCAGCUCUGUUCUAUUCCCAGGCCAUGGCUUUACACCCCAAAUCCUACUUGGACAUGCACAUAAGGCCCAGAGGGCACAAAGAUAAGCCAAUGAAGGACAACAGCACUUAAGGCCAAAGGGUGUCAGUUCCCCACCACCUGAUUCCAGGAAUGGGCUCCCAAACCUCCUAACCCAACAGUCUGGAGAGACGUUUUCCAUUGUGGUAGGUGAAUCAUACCAUCACCCAGGUUUGUAACAUGCUGCCUACCAAAAAACCCUGCCUUUGGAGCACUGUCUCAAACUAAAUUCAGGAUUUAUCCCAAACAAAAGCCUGUUUAUACAAUCCCUUCCCAAAAGGAUCAAAGUGGCAUUUCAUCAUUUCCCCAAAAAAUGGCAAGGGAUGCAAAGUCGGAUGAACUGGCCCUCCGCACUGGCUUCGCAGUUCUCCAUCAAGAGCUUUAAACAUUCUCAUUACACACUUCCUCUUCCCUCCCUACGUUAUUGGCCACCACACUCAUACCUGCAAGGCCUUCUCACUCAGUUUCCUUUUAGCUGUCAAUUCCUGGGUUGCCAUAGCUUUCGUUGGUAAAAUCAUUCCUACUGUAAAUUCUAUAAGGAAACAUACAGGAAAUGAUUUUCAUAGAAAACUUUGUUCCCUUUCAACACCAGCAGUAAGGCAAAAAAUCCAAAACAGCAUAUAAGAAAAUAAGAAAACUCAUAGAGAAUUCCUAGAUCACCGAGAAUUUCAAGACCAUGUAUUUUUACAUAUAAAACUAAUUGCAAACAACGAGUUCCACAUCAACAAAAAUACCUUUUUUCAAAUGCCUCAUUUUUAAUCUGAUUCUUGAGUAAAAAUUUUCAAAUGUUUAUUUCCAAAAAGCUCUAUUUUAUAAAACUGAUAGCUUUAUGACCUUUCCAAUUGUCAAAGCCAGACACUUAAUUGCUUCUCCACCACCUCACAAAGCUUGGCCUCACAGUGUUUAGGCCUGUGGGCCAGCCAGCCGCAUGCAUGAUCUCCAUCUGUGCCAACACCCACACACUCAAGGUAACAGAGUCUGAGAAUGAGGUGCAGACAUACAGGCCCCACUGGUCAUUAUGCCUGGCUGGUAACUUCUCUAAUUUAGAGAAGAAGACAAUAACCUCACUUCCACGCAGUGUAGGAAUUAUCUAUACCUGUCAUACUUUCAUUCAUUCAAUAUUCAACAAAGAUUUAUUAAUAAGCACCUACUAUGUGCCAGGCUAGAAGCUGGAGAUACAGCAGUCAACAAGACACCUUCCAUGCCUCACUUAGAGCUUACAGUCUAGCAGGAAGGUAAACAUUUAACAAUUAUACAAACAAUAAAUUAUUCCAGAAAAGUCUUAGCAAUUCUGUAGACAAAGUAAUUCACUAUGUGUACAAUACCUAAAGUCACUAAUCAUGCUCUUAACUGACUAGCUCUCAACCUCCAGACUACAGUUUUUAUCCUGCCGCACAAAGAGUCAUUUCUGAAGCUGCAGACAUCACCCUAACCUGGGAAUCCAAGUUCAGAGCAGAACUUGGGUAACUAGAAAAGGGAUCCCCUGGUUCACAAGGGUUGCCUUCUUUACCCGUCUUAAGUGCCUUCAGGUAAUCUCCAAGGGCCUCCCUGACCUUGGCGGUGCCUGCAGUUUUCAUAAGAUCCUUCAAUAUAUCCCCAUCUCCUUUCCUUUUACUCACAUUCACCUACAAAUCAGAAAAAUACAAGCCUAAGAAAAAUCUGGUUUGAUGUACUCUUAGAACAUCAGGACCCAUGGCUGGGAGAAGCAGUAUGACUGUGAGGGAAGGGGAGGAAGUGGGUGUGAGAGACGUGCCAGGUUUCUUCACAGACUCUGAGAAGCUGUAAGGAUUUUUUAAUCCAAGGUCCACGAACGGGUUGGUGGCCAAAUCUUGAGUGGACUUCUUAGAAAUGUACAUCCCUAAAUUUGCAUACAAAAUGUUGUGUGUACAUAUGUAUUAUAUUGAUGAUGUAGUCACCCCAUGGCUUUUAUCAGGGUCUAGAAAUGCACUGUCCAAUAUGGUAGCCACUAACCACAUUUGGCUAUUGAGCACUUGAAACAUGGCUGGUCUGAUUUGAGAUGUGCUACAAGGGUAAAAUAGUACACACAACAGACUUUUAAGAUUUAGUACAAAAAAAGAUUGUAAAAUAAUCCCAAUAAUUUUGAUACUAAUUAAUGUUAAAAUGAUAUUUUUGUACAUAUGGUUAAAUAAAAAUAUUAAAAUUAA